AUGCGCGGCUCCUCGGCGUCCCCGGCGCGCGCGCUCACGCUCCUUUUCCUCGCGCUCUUUAUCUCCCAAUCGUUCCUUACUGUCAACGCCGACCUCUUGAGCGACCUCGGCAACGACCCCAACCCCACCGAUCCAACUACUACCUCCACUACCACUCUGUCGACCACAACCACUUCUUCAGCUUCCCAUACAACCACCUCAACCUUCGUCCCUCUUACCACCUCGUCCUCGACUCAAGAGCGGACGUCCACGACCAAAGUCUCGUCCUCAACUGAGACUUCCACCUCCACCUCCACCUCCUCCUCAACCUCGUUGACCCAGACCUCUUCCUCUUCAACUUCAUCCUCGACUUCGACUUCCUUCGUCUUCGUCUACUUCCUCGUAAGUUCUCCCGUAUUUCUCUCGAAAUCGACCUCUCUCACCCCUUUCAUUGCUGCGACUACUCGCACGACCUCGUCCCUCACCAAGGCCCCAUCGACGUCCUUCUACUGGAGCACUACUUCCUCCGAGUCCCCAACUGGUACUGCUGCUGCGGGUGUGGGCGCAUCGUCGAAGGGCUUCUUCAGCAACACCCCUGCUGUCGCCGCUACCUUUUCAGUCGCUGGCAUCGUUGCCCUCGGCGCAGUCAUCUUUGGCGUGGUGCUGCACAAGCGCCGCGCCGCUCGCCUCCAGGAUGAAGAGGACAUGACCUACUUCGAGAAGUACAACCCGAACGGUGCUCCUACCCCGAACAGCGCGAGUGGCAACGCUAGCGAGAACGGCGGCACGCGCAGUCCGACUGCGAUGUCCUUCAAUGGCGGUCCAGACCCGGACAACUUGAACGAGCUACCCGCGACCACCGCUGCCGCGACUGACGCGUACCCCGACCGCGCGAUGCACUACGGCAACGGCUACCACUACGACUACGCUCACCACCAGGCACCCGCCGCCGCCGCCACCAUGGACUACGCACGCGACCGAUACGGGAGCCAUGCUGUCGACUACCCACCGGCCGCGGCCGCGGGGUACGACAUCACGCAAUACCCCGGCUAUGAGGGCUACGUCAACCAAGAGUACAUCCCGCGCGUGCAGUCCCCGAACCACCCCUUCGCGGACCCCAGUAACAUGACCCGCGUGGCCGGUGCGCCGCAGGUAACAGUCACCCAGCACUUCCACAACGCCGACAACCACGCCUACCACGGCGAAGCUCGUUAA